AUGUCCAAUGCUGAGCCUAUUCUAGAGCAUGAACAUGUGGCUAAUGUGUUAGAUGUGAUAGAUGUACCUGAUACAGUCAUGCCCUCAAGUAACUGGCACAGGGACAAAACCAUUGCCUUGGCACUGGUUCGUCAAGGCGUUAUGCCCCACUCUCAAAUAUCACCAGUUGUUUGUAUAACAUUAGAAACCCUCAAAUUUUAUUGUGUAGCACACCUCAGGAGCCCACAUCUUUCAAUUCAAGCAUUUGUCAAAACCAUAUCUGAUUUACAUGGGAUUGAAUUCCACCAGCACCUGUCUCGUCAAUUCUUGAUUGCAUUCAACUUGUACCACCAAAUCAGAUGGACUGUAGCCUCACUCAUAAUGGAAUCACUCCAACAUGACUCACCCAACUGGUGCCUCAAACAUGCUUGUCCAGCGUGCCAGCUACACUUCAAGAUGCUCUAUGCCAUGGAUGGGAACAAUUCAUUGAAGCGAGUUCUACAACACUCCCUGAAUGAUGACAAUGACAACAACAACACUCCUGGUGCAUCAUCUGAGCUUCCUACUGGCCAGUUGUUCAUUAGUGACCAUUACCUGGCUUGUGACUUUGUAGACCAGUUUUCACAGGAUGUGUCAUGCAAUUUGGGGUGGGAGAAACAACUCAAUGUCAGUCAGAAUGCACCUGAAGAGAACUCUUGCGAAGGAUGGUGGAAAAAUAUGGAUGAUUCAAAGACCCAAAAAGCAUGGGGCAUCUAUGAUGAAAUGGGUAUAUUUGUUGCCGUCUGCUGCCAUGGUUUUUGUUUGCUCAUCAUGGAUAUGGUACAGAGUGGGGAACUGUAA